AUGAUACAAUUCACAGAUUCUGCCACGCUCCCACCUAAAGGUAGGCACCAUGUCACCCAGGUAGCCACUGGCAUACUGACCACUGAUGAUACAAGUCGGGAUUCUGCCACCGCUCCACCUAAAGGCUCCAGUGCGGAGUGGUCGAGUAGUGCGGACCUGGACUGGUCCCAGCCAGUCUCCACCAAGGAUGAUGAGCUGGUGCUCAACUGGGAUGACGAUGAGAAGGAUGAUGAGGAGAAGGAGGAGGAGGAGCCGGCACUCGAGAUGAAGAUUGAUCAGGAGCCUGUUGAUGAGGUGGACGGUGAGACAGAGAAGGCUGUGGGCCAACUAGACAUCAUGGCUCAGCAGCUUAAAUUCGUGGCCUGCCUCAAGAUCCUGAUGGAGGAGCUGAGCACGCUGGCUACAGGGUACGAGGUGGACGGUGGCCAGCUGAGGUACCAGCUCUACCUGUGGCUGGAGCGAGAAGUGGAGGCUCUGAGGCAACUGUGUAACUACAGCCCCGGGUGAUGUGGACCCUCCUGACCCCACGUACGGACCCUGGAGACCCCAGUGAGUUAAGAGAUUUUCAACAAUACUCCCACCUUCAACAAAGAAAAACCCACCCUACACGAGAUCCUGAUGGCGGAAACGUCUGAGUUUGAAGCUAAAGUACAGAGGGCAGCCCGUAGGAAAAAG